AUGUUUGCUCAAAUUCGCAAAUUCAAAUUCUGUGAUGUAAGAUUCUCUCACGUUGCUUGCUCCCAAUCACUCGCCAAUUACAUUCUCCUACAGCUCCACCAAUUUUCAUCACCAGCUACAAAUGCCCUAGAAUCGAGCUCAAAAGAUCCGAAUCCGAAGUCAUUCGCCGCGGUUUAUCUAGAAAACAAUUACGGGGUUCCCCCAAAACGAGUCCUAAGUUAUUCUAAGCACCUCAACUUCGAUUCCCCUGAAAAACCACUUUACGCUAUUGCAUUCCUCAAAAAGCACCAUUUCACCGAUUCCGAUAUCUCACGCAUCGUUAAGAAGUGGCCUGUGGUUCUGACCUGCGGCCUCGAAUCUAAUUUUCUGCCCAAGUUUGAAUUUUUGCGUAGUUUGGGAUUAUCGAGCUCAGAAUUUGUGAAGAUUCUGACAUUGCAGCCACGUUUGAUAAAUAGAAGUUUAGAGGGCCAGAUAAUCCCAUGUGUUGAUUUCCUUCGUGGCUUCCUAGGUUCCGACAAAGAUGUCGUGUUCUCGAUCCUGCGCUACCCCGGCAUUCUUGGGGAGAGUUUGCAGAAGACAUUGUUGCCUAAUGUGGGAAUCUUGAGAGAUGCUGGUGUGCCUGAAUCCCACAUUGCAGCCUUGUUGAGAGCUGCUUCUAGAGGGUUAGCUCUUGAUCCUGGCAAUUUUAAGUUAACGGUGCAGGAAGUUAUUAAUCUUGGGUUUAAUCCGGCGACAAAGGCUUUCAUCAGGGGGUUAAAGGUGAUGAGGCAGCUGAACAGUUUGUCUUGGAGGGAAAAGGUCAAGCAUUACACGAGAUGGGGUUGGUCCGAGGAUCAAGUGUUAUAUGCCAUCAGGAAGUAUCCGUUGAUGAUGGCCGUGUCCAAGGAGAAGAUCACCAAAAUCUCAGAUCUUAUCAUCAAUACAAUGGCGUGUGAUGCUUCUAUUUUCAUGACCCGGCCGGUGAUAUUUACGUUAAGCUUCGAGGGUAGGAUUGCACCACGGUGCGCCUUUUACCAAGUUUUGUUGUCGAAAGGUUUGGUCAGGGAAUCGAGUUUGGCCUCGAUUAUUGUCUGUAAACCGAGCUUGUUUGUUGAGAAAUAUGUGAAGCGAUUUGGGGAGGAAGAUCCUGAGCUCUUGAAGCUAUAUGAGGAUCUUUUUGGUAAAUCUAAAAGCUUAGAUUUCCUAUGUGCUAGCUAG